CGUCGAAGAACGCCGGGCAAAGCAAACGAAGAUCGAAAGAAUUAAUACUCAGAUAGAAGGACUCGAAGAGCGCAGACGACAGAUCGAUACGAGGGCGUCGUCCAUCUCAAUGCACAGGCGGUUUCUUCGAUGGAUCAGCGAUAUGUUUUCUUGGGCAUUAUCAUGA